GCGCCUCCCCCGCUGCCGCUGCCGCAGCUCUGCCCCUGGGCCGGGCCCCGCAGGCGGCUCCCGGCCCCCCAGCGCCGGCCCCCGGCUAGAGCGGGGCAGGGAGCGCCCCCCCCCCGCCCCCAGGGCCAGGCCGGGUCCCGGAGUGUCACCCAGCGGCCCGCUCCCGGGGGGCCAGGGCGAGAAGCCCUGAAGAGCGGCCCGUGUCUCCAGGGGCGCGGACAGGAGCCCCUCGGGCGCCGUGUGGAGGAAGCGGGACGUUGGGGCCUUGUAGCUGGGGAAACUGAGUCGCGGAGAGGCGAUGUGUGUCACCUGGGGUCGAACAUCACCGUCAGAGCCGGGAACAGACCACAGAUCCCGGCACUUGGAGCGCCACGCCCUGUCCACAGGGGACCACGCGGAGGCUGGAACCAGUGAAUGAGAUCCAGCUUUUGUCCUUGGCCUGUGUUGGUUUUCACUUAGCUGCCGGGCUGCCUCGGUAGGAACAUGCGGAAAGACCCGAACGCUCCUAGCAGGGGUUGUCACCUGUCUUUUUUGCCGGAAAUGUGCUGCCAGAUUGUCUCUGUCGAUUAACCCAGCCUAUAGGGGCUACUAUGGAAGAGCCCAGGACAGCAGAGAACUUGAGAGAGGCUGGGGCCUCUUCAGAACUGUCCGGCACAGGGCAGAAGGCUUCCAAGAAGCAGAGCACCAAGGCAGGUGGGAGACCGAGACCAGGGGAUGCCAGCAAGGCCUCUAAAAAGAAGGCAGCUUUCAAGGCCCCCAGGAGAGUGGCCCCGGACUACUUUGUUCAUGAGACGGACAAUGACAUGCUGCUGAUCAUUGCCAACAUCGGCGACGGGCAAGACCGCCCUCCCAGGAAAGUAGCAAAGAGAAAGCACCAAGCGCCAGCAAAGAAGCAGCCGCUGCAGCGCGUCCAAAGGACUGGCGUGGCAGGAGGGAGAAAGAGAGAGAAAGGAGGGGCUCCUGCUGCCCAGGAGCCUGUGCCUGGGGGCCGGGCUGAGGAAAGCGGGGGAGCUGCUGGGGCCUCCUGGGGAGAGCGCCUCCCAGUAGAAAUCCUGGUGCGGAUCUUCCAGUCUUUGGUGGCAUCCGAGGGGGCUGUGCCCUUGCUCUGCAGGGUGGCCCGUGUGUGCCGGCUGUGGUACGGGGCAGCCUCCAAUCCCGUGCUGUGGCAGAAGGUGUCAAUCGGCUUCUGCUGGGUGGAGCCUGGCAAAAAGCAGCCUCCCCAGACCGAGAGGAGAAUCCUCAGCACGAUGGAGUGGCUGGUCCCGAACAGGUUUUCACUUCUCCGGGACUUUGCUCUUUGUCACUGGAAGAGCCACGUGCCCGUUGUCCUGCAGGCCCUUGCGGAGUCCUGCCCCCUUCUCCUGUCCCUCAAGCUGACCUACUGCAGUGGAGUGACCACCAAGUCCCUGAGCGUACUGGCCGAACGCUGCCCCCGGCUGGAAAGCUUAAACCUGCAGAAUUCCCAGGUUGACUCCUCAGCUGUGGUGAGCUUUCUGGAGGCUGCUGGCUCUCGGAUCCGGCAGCUCUGGCUGACAUACAGCAGCCGAAUGAAUGCCAUCAUCGCCACGCUCUCGAGCGGUUGCUGCCUUGGGCUGCGGCUUCUGGAGGUGAACACGGAGAUCAAGCAGAGCAGCCAGCACCUCCAGCUCUCAGUAGAACAGCUGCAGGCGGCCUGCCAGCAGCUGCAGGUGCUGCGUCUGCUCAAUGUGAUCUGGUCCGUGAAGCCGAGCUCUCGGUCCACCCCCACCUCCUUGGGCUUCCCUCAUUUAGAGGAGCUGUGCCUGGCCACCACCUCUUAUUCCUUUGUCAGUGACAGCGUCCUGCAGAAGAUCCUGCAGGCCUCCACCAGGCUGCGGGUGCUGGACCUGCGUGGCUGCUUCCGCGUGACACCCAAGGGGCUGCAGGAGCUGCCGUGCCCUGACCUAGAGCAGCUGUACCUGGGCCUAUACUGCAGCGAUAACCACCUGCUCCUGCCCUCGGCGGGCAGCCAUCUGCUCACCUGGAAGUGGCACCACAGCCUGCAGGAGCUCGAUCUGGCAGGGCAGAGCUUCAGCGAGCACGACCUGGAGCGCGCCAUGGCCGCCUUCGGGCAGGGCAGCAGCCGGGCAGCCCUGCGAUCCCUCAACCUGACCGGGACCAAGGUCACCGUGAGCACUGUCAGUGCCCUGAUCAUCAGCUGUCCUGCCCUGAGCUACCUCAGCCUGUCUUCCUGCCGCUACCUGCCCCGGGGCAUGAAGAAGGUGUACCGGGGCCAGGAUGACAUCCGCCAGUGCUUGAGCAAGCUGCUGGCCAGCGCCGACGAGCCGGCAGCUGCACCGGAUACGUCGUCAUGACGCCAGCACCUCCCCUCUCGAUUGGCAGCCUGAGGCCCACGCACAGGCUGAGUGCCAGGGGCUGGUGUUUCGCUGGGACGUACCCAGCACUCCUGGCAGUGUGGGUGGGGCCUGGGACCUGGGCUCCCGCCUGGUGCUGUAGCAGCAGGCAGCCUGUUCCCCUGGGAGGAGCAGCCGUGCCUGGUUCCCCGCUCCCCUUUUUGUAUGACGUUCCUCCUGGAUAUUUCAGUGUUUUACUGUCCGGCGCAGCGCCCGGUGCUACAGAAUAAAGGGCUGUUCCUGCAGGGAAUUCGUGGGUCUGUCCCCAGGGCCUGGCGCACACGCUGCAGGGAGGGACUUGCCCGCUGCUGCAGCCUGGCAGGGAGUCAGAGCCCUGGGGAGGAGGAGUGGGGAGCUGCAGCCCACCGAGCCCAGCAGAUUCCGGCAGCCACACGGCUUCGGUAACCCAGCUUCUCCGGGGAAAGGGUGUUUCUCCACCAGGGGCUUCGGGAGGCUUGGAGGACCCCAGGACCCACACAACGCCUCUCCUGAGCUGAAUUCCUAGGCUGGGUUUCUGGGGUGAAUGGCUACCACCGGCUCACAGCGGGAGGGAGCCCUGUCUGUGCCCCCCCAGGGAAAUUCCCCAGCCCCGCUCCUUUAUACAGGCUAGCAAUUUACAUACCCACCUUGUUAUACCCGAGUGCCAAGUCCCCGUCUUCUGGACACCCCCAGUGCACCCUGAUCCGCUGCGCCCCAGUUCACAGCUCUCACCCCCCUUCAUCACUCUCCUUAGCACCAGGCACUUAGGUUUCUAGUGAAACCAAACUGAAGUUUCUUUAACAGAGCUUCAGCUGAGACUCAGAUCAAAGCACGUGGAAGGGUUUGGAAACGUACGGUUCCGGGCAAGGGACAAA